AAACGGCUACUACUCGUGUAUCACUAGCUAAAUUAAUUAUGUCAUGCACGAAAACGUUAGUGCUGAUGUUUCUAAAUGAAUAUUAAAACAAAUUAUUUUUAACAAACUAAAUUUGUCAGUUGUCAAAUCUUUUAUUAACUGGCGUCACAGCGAGAAUAAUCCGGAAGGAGUUACGGAAUAUCGGAAGUAGAUGUUUCAUUGCGUAGCGGCUUGAAGAGUCUAGUUUGAAUACGUUUUGAGCGAGCUGUGAAAUGGGGGUUACAUGUGUGUGCCAGGUGCCAGUGGCUGAGGGUAAGAGUGUUCAGCAGACUGUUGAGCAGCUGCACAAGAAGCUGGAGCAGCUUGGAGCCAUGAAGCAAGGCAGCUUCUUUGUGGACUGUGAGACUUAUCAUGCAACAAGCAACGCCAGUGGCCAGCCCUCUAAGCUCUUGUAUGUGAUGCAUAAUUCGGAGACCCCGCUGAGCUGCCUGGCUUUGUUCGAGGGUGGCCCGUUCCUCACGGCUGAUGCCAACUUCGAUGUCCUCAUGGUAAAGCUAAAGAGCCACUUUCAGAAUGCCAAAGGUCACAAGGUGGAGAGCCGCGGUGCCCGUUACCGGUACUGUGACUUCCUGGUGAAGGUUGGCACGGUGACCAUGAGCUCCAGUGCCAGGGGGAUUUCAGUGGAGGUAGAAUACUGUGCAUGUGUGGUGCCAGGUGACUGCUGGAACCUCAUGAAAGAGUUCAUGCAGAGUUUCCUAGGUUCCAGUGUGCCUGAGCUCCCUGCUGUGUUCUCCAGCAAGCCUGAGGGUCUUUUUGUGCCCACCGACUGCAUGGACACCAUGAGCCAGUACUUAGAACUGUUUAGCAAGGUGCGAAAGCAGCAGGUGCUCCCAGGAAGCAGCGUUCGGUGACAACCGGCCAUGCCUGUUUUAAUACGGACUGAACAAGCACACCUUAGGUGUCAGUGUUUUUUACAGACGGCCUGAACAUAUGUGUGCACACCAAGACUUCACUGUGGAUGUUGGAUUGUACAUGCAGUUGUGCAGAAAGAAGUCCAAGUGGAAAGAAACAAAAGUAUCCUGCAAAAUGGCUCUUAUGCUGAGGCCAUUGUGGGAAAGGCAAGAAUGAAAUUCCCAGUUAAUAUGUCAGUUGUGUGACUAAUUUCUUUUCUUUUUUUUUUUGUACUCUGCCACGGUUAAUAACAAAACUCGACAUUGUGAUAUGGAAAGAGUACUGUUCAAAAAAGAAAUAAAAACUGUAAAAUGGUCA